UGCACGUCAAUUUCGCUAUUUGGGUUCUCAAUUUUUUAGGUUAUUUUCAUACGAUUUUUUUGCUGAUUUUUUAUAAUAAAGUGGCAAUGACGGUGUUAGCAAUUAAAAUAAAAUAUCCCGAAUUUGUGUAAUAGGAUUUGCCAUAGAGCAAGGUCGUUAUUAUAUAUGUAUAUAUAUAAUGAAAUAUACAGUCAUGUCUAUUGAGAACAUUGCUUGGUGUCCAUGCAACAGAACUAUAAAUUGAAAACAAGUAAAUUUGAAAGUUUCUUGUAAUUAUGGAAAAUUAAACAGUUAUCAAUUUAUCUUUAAAAUGAAUAGGGUUUUAAGUUGUAAGUUGUACCAAAUUUUUUGUAUUCGUCGUGGUCUCUCUACACAUUUCUCACACUGGACCACACUUGGUAAAACUUUUAACCAACGACCUAUGAAAGAUGAUUCAAAAACUUCACCAAAGAAGGGGUUAUUUAAUGUGCCUGAACUUGAUGGAUAUGAUGGAUUUUUUACUCUUAAGGAACAAUGCAUUAUUGCAACAGAGGCCCUCAUGCAUGAGAUAACAGACUUAAAGAGAAAUCGUAAGAUGGUGCAAAUCUUUGAUGAUCUAUCAGAUAACUUAUGCAAGGUUGCUGAUUUAGCUGAUUUUAUCCGCUUGGCACAUCCAUCUCAAUCCUACACACAGGCAGCAGAACAGGCAUGUGGUGCUGUGAGUGGUUUAGUUGAAAGAUUAAAUACUGACAAACGUUUAUAUGAUGCACUUCAUAAGGUCGUGAAUUUAGGUGAUAAACACUCAACCAAUGUGACUGAUGAUCAUGUUGCCAAAUUAUUUCUGUUCGAUUUUGAGCAGAGUGGAAUUCACUUGCCAGAAAACUUAAGAAAUCAUGUGGUUUUAUUGAACGAUCAGAUAUUGCGCCUGGGACAGCAGUUUGUUAGUCAAGCAGCGCAUCCUCGUAUUGUACCAAAGAGCGUCAUUCCUGAACAUGUUCAACAUUUGUUUCCACCGGAAGGCAAUAAUGUUGUAAUAAACGGACUAAAUGUGGAUUCACCAAAUUCUAUAGCUCGAGAGGUAUCUUACAAAAUCUAUCUUUGUUCUGAUCAUUUGCAGGAUGAAACGCUAAAGGAAUUAUUAAAGUCACGUCAUGAGUUGGCUGUCACUUGUGGCUUUGAGACCUAUGCGGAGCGAGCAUUGCGCGGUAGUAUGCUGGACACCCCAAGAAUGGUGACUGAUUUUUUAAACCAUCUGUCAAGUGAUUUAAAACGAAGCGCCGAGGAUGAUUUCAAUCUGAUGUUAAAUAUUAAGAAAGGCGAAAGGGGUGAAGGUUUCCUCGCCGCAUGGGACGUUCCCUAUUAUACUCAAAAGUACAAGAAAGCAAUGUUAAAUGUCUCAGCAUCGGACUUUUCACCAUAUUUCUCAUUGGGUGCGUGUAUGGAAGGAUUAAACACGAUUUUCAAAAAUUUGUAUGGUAUUACAUUGGAAGCAAAUCCAGUUAGUGCUGAUGAAGUGUGGGUCACCGAUGUGUAUAAAUUGGCUGUCAUUCAUGAAACAGAGGGUAUAUUGGGAUACAUCUACUGUGACUUUUACGAACGCAUUGGCAAGCCCAACCAAGAUUGUCACUUUACGAUACGCGGUGGGCGUAAUCUUAACGGCCAAUAUCAACAACCUGUUGUGGUUCUUAUGCUCAACUUGCCACUACCGCGUUGGUCUACGCCGACUUUAUUGACUCCCAGCAUGGUCGAUAAUCUCUUUCACGAGAUGGGACAUGCCAUGCACUCGAUGUUGGGACGCACGGAGUACCAACAUGUUACGGGCACGCGGUGCAGCACUGAUCUAGCCGAGGUGCCCUCGGUUUUGAUGGAAUACUUUGCGCGCGAUCCACGCAUUCUGAAAACGUUUGCACGACACUUCCAAACUAAUGAGCCAAUGCCAGAUAAUAUGCUGGAGUUACUAUGCGCCUCGAAGAAUGUUUUCAUGGCGAGCGAAAUGCAAAUGCAAGUAUUUUAUUCGAUGGUAGAUCAGCAUUUUCACAAUGGAUAUCCUCUGAAAGGAAACUCAAUGGAGGUUCUUGCGAAUGUGCAAAAUAAUUAUUAUAGUCUACCUUAUGUUCCGAACACGGCGUGGCAUCUCCGAUUUACGCAUUUAGUUGGUUACGGUGCCAAAUAUUAUUCGUACUUGGUGUCGACUGCGUUGGCGUCAUGGAUAUGGCAUGCGUGUUUCGAUCAGAAUCCCCUUUGUCGAGUGCAGGGAGAAAGAUACCGGCGUAACUUUCUUGCGCAUGGUGGUGGUAAGCCACCUUGGGCUUUGAUAUCAGACUUCUUGCAGCGCGAACCUUCACCUGCUAUGUUAGCCGGCUCUCUGGUUAGUGAAGUGGAGAAUAAACGUGAGCGUUUGGAUGUGUACAUACGAAAAUCCAAGUAGCUUCAAUUUAUUAAAUUAUUACGAAACUUAAUAAAUUAUUGACUUACAA